UCUAUCAUUUUGUAGCAGUAAAUGACUUUGUUGUGACAUUUGGUGCCAGGAAUGAAGAUGUUGCAAAAAUGAUAUAUCUAUUUGUUAUUGGUUGGUUAACAACACUGGUUACCAGUCUAGAUCCUGAUAAUAGUCUAUGUAAACAGAAACCUACAUCAGCUGUGGUUGGGAUACCUCUGCCUGCACUACCUAAUCAGUUCCAUGCUCUGUUUGAAGCUAAUAUUUUACAGAAAUCCUACACAGUUUAUCAAGAGGAAUACUAUGAUUACCAUGGAAACAAAGGAGUAAUUAUAACAACUAGGAAUGGACGAUCAAGAAAAAGUAUAACAGAUUUCACAACGUACAGUGUUCAUCAGAUUGAUAUAGACACAGGGAAAUGUGUUGUCCAGGAUCUCCGGCAGAUGAAAUCCACUUUAUUUAACUUCACAUCUACAGCAACAGGAGGCCAUGUGAAGGGACUAGCUGAUAUAUUUAAAUUCAGUUCAAAGUUCAAUGAAACAUACAUAGGAACAACUCAGAUCCGAGGGAUCCCUGCCCAUCAUUGGACAACAUGUUUACACGUAGAGAGUUUGAGGGCAACAUUUAACAUGGAUUACUAUUUCUCAGUAAAAACUUAUGAUUUAGAAGGAUCACAAAAAGAAAUACCCCUGAGAGCAUCUAUAAAUGGUAUAGCAUCAAAUGUAGACCAGAAUAAUGUGAUAUUAAAUGGUACACACAAUUUUAACCAUGUUUAUGAGUUUGUAAAGUUUGAACCUGGACCAAUAAAGGACCUAUCAGUUUUCCAGAUCCCACCAAGCAUUAUUUGUACUGGUUCUCAGGAAAGGAAACCAGUUCCUAAAAUGGCUGAUCAAGUUAGUUUUGGUAUGGAGAAAAUGAGUAGAACUGAUAAUAAACUGGAGGAUCCUGUGUAUAUUCAGGUAGAUUACGAUUUUACAUCCCAGAUUGCCAGACUUGAUUUAUCAAAGGUUCCCUCCAAUGGUCUUAGAAAAGUAUAUGGUAAUGACAGCAUUAGUUUGAUACAAGACUUUAAUUUAGGAGUACAGUAUGUUAUAGACAGUUUAUAUGGUAACUGUAGUGUAACAGAGUUAACAGCAAGCUUUAAUGAUCUGACAUCACGACCUAGUUAUCUGUUACCACCAGAAAUGAGACAUCCCAUAGCUCUGUUAGAUGUCAAUUAUUCCACCAUGCUUUAUCAGGGGAAGAAAUUGUACCGAGAUUUAAAUGUGGAGUCUUGGGGCAAAGUAGACAAUGUAACAAACUUCAAACAUGAGAUUUAUUUCCUUCUGGAUAAGAAGAAAGGACCAAGAUCCAGAGCUUCUAACCCUGUAUUACAACCAGUUCCUGUAGGAGUAUAUGUCUCUGUUAAUGAUGUCCACAGAGGACAGGAUGGCUUAAAGUUAAAAGUAGAAAGUUUUACCAACAUUUAUAACUACCAACCAAACCGAAUAGAUCCCUCCAGAUUUGACAUCAGGCAGUGUUACAAUAGUGAUUCAUCUUUUAAACAGUUACAUGUAGCAAUUAAAGCAGAUGAUCCAGCAGCCAUUUUGUCUCAGAAAUCACUUUACCUUAACCAUAUACACCAGUUCCUGAGUAAAACAGCUAAAGUAUCACCAACUAGGAUCUCAGAUCUGUAUAUUACAAAGGGGUUAAUAGACCAAACCAUCAGUGCAUAUUUUAUUCUGCUGAAUAAAUCUCCCAUGCCAGCAGGAAGAUGGAGUAACGUCGACAGAACACCCAGCUUAGAGGAGGCCUAUAACAACAUCCAGACUGCUGUCACACACGGAACAUUGUUUACUGUAGAUAAUAAGGAUUUUCCAGUGUCAUCCCUUUAUACACAGAAAUCAGUACAGGCCAACCCUAAAUCAGAACAGGGAUACAGUGCAGGUUCCAUGGCUGGCCUAGGUAUUGGUAUGUUUGUAACAGGUAGUUUAUGUGGACUGGCAGGGUUGUACUUAGUCCAGAAAAGAAGAGACACCUCGGUUCCAUAUGAAUUACAAUAACCUUGUAAAGUUUGGAAGAAUUUGCUGUCAUGAAAACUGAAGUUUUUUUAAUCUUUUAAAUGUAUUUUAACUUUGUUUUUACAAUUUUAAUAUGAAAAAACUAGCAUUUAUUUGAUAUGUUUUGUAUAGAAAUCUACCUUAUAAAAAUGAAUAUCAAAACAUCUAUGGAAAGUCUGUAAUUGUUAAAAAAAAUAUUUGGCAUAAGAACCCUACAAAACAGACCAUCACAUUCUGUCCCAAGUCAGGAGCCUGUAUUUAAGUGAAUAUUGUUUAAUGCUUUAUACAUGUAUAUAUUUGUUUUUGAUUCAUUAUUUUGUACAUAAAUCAGUUUACUCAUUCCAAUUGUUUUAACAUUUGUCAUUUAGGGGCCUAUUUUAACUGGGUAUGGGGUAUGGGUUUUAAUUAUAGUUGCUAAUUUCUGCAUCAUUUGGUCUCUUGUUGUCUCAUUGGCAAGCAUACCACAUCUUCUUAUUUUGAUAAAAAUGUAAAACCCUUGUUUUCAAAAUUCCAAUAGGGAACAUACUUUAUAUAAUUGUAUAAAUAAACAAAUUUUUCAAGAUGUUUCGGCCAUUGGCCUUCUUCAGUUCUUUAUUUUUCCUCUCAACUACAUGGCUGACAUUACAUUUGUAUUUCCUUUUCAAUCAUUGAAAAGAUGUUAUAGAUAAAUGUCCUUGGAAAUGAAAAAGGCUAAUAUGUAUUAAAAUGUGAA